UUUCGUCCUCCAUGGCUUUGAACGAACCUUCGAUUUCGAGCUUCCAACUCUGAAGAACCCCUCUCUCUCUCUCUCUCUCAGAUUCCCCCAAAAUUCAAACUCUCUCUCGAUUCCUCAAACUUUCACUCUCGAUUCUGCUUCGCAACACACCUCGAAUCUCAAUCAAUCAAUACAUUCCUAGUUCCUCACAAGGUGUAUUGUCCUGCCAUUCUCAUUCAAGACUUUCAAGUUUGGCUUUGAUGUGCUGUCGCACUGCACUUUUGUCAUGCACUACUGGGUUUUUAACACAGAGGGUGUGCAAAAACUGGUGCAAUGGCAGCAUCUGGUAAGUUUGAUAUGUCUUCUGGAAGCCCAGAUAGGCCCUUAUUCAUGCAGCGUGGAUCAUACACAGCUGCCUCAUUGGAUAGAUCGGGUAGCUUCCGUGAGAACAUGGAGAAUCCGAUCCUGUCAACUCUUCCAAGCAUGUCAAGAAUUAGUUCUGCUGUAACACAGGGAGAUGUGCUGAACUUCUUACAAUGCUUGCGGUUUGAUCUAAAAUCGAUGGCUACAGAGCACAAAUUUGGCCGGCAAGUGGAUUUUAAGCGACUAACAAGUGUUGCUCUUGGCCUUCCUAUGGAUGAUUCUCCAUCUGGUUCUUCCAAAGGCAAGUUGCCGCAUUCUCUCCCACUGGAUGAACUCAAACGACUCAAGGCUGGUCUUCGCGACAGUUCAAUGAAGGCCAGGGAGCGUUUGAAGAUUUUCAGUGAAUCCUUGUCCGUAAUGAACAAGUGUUUCCCUGGCAUUCCAUCGAGGAAGAGAUCCCGAUCUGAUGUCUCUUCUACUGAUAGAUCCAAUGCCUUAUACCCUAGUGAUCGGUCAGUUCUAGGGUCAGGCAUUGGUAAGAUGGGAACCCAAAGUCAUGCCACUGCUAGUGGUUUUGAACUUGAGCAGCAAAAGUCGGAAGAAAGGACCAAAAUUUCCAUUCCAAAUAAACGCACCCGAACUUCUAUGGUGGAUGGGAAGACUGAUGUACGCACAAAUACUCCUGCUAGGCCAUCCGGGAAUAUGGACAGGGAUAGGGAAGUAUUGAGACUUCCAAAUAGUAGUGCAACUCAGGGUGAAGAGCGAACUUUAUCAAUUGGUGUUGAUGGUUGGGAAAAGUCAAAGAUGAAGAAGAAGCGAUCUGGGAUAAAGCCAGAUGUUUCUCCAAACACAGUGGCAGCAAAACCUAUUGAUGGCUACAGGGAACCCAAACAAGGAACGCAGCCAAGACUUCUUACUGAGGCUCGAUCAAGGUUGAAUGACUCCCAUGGGUUCAGGCCGGGAAUUGCCAAUGGAGCUGUCGGAGUUGGAAAAGCAGAAAGCACCUCGCAACCUACUAGCUUGGGCAUGCGAUCAUCCAUACCUAAGGCUGACCAGGACAACAGUUCCCUGCCCCAUGAUAGAAGAGAUCGUCCUGCUGCUUCAGACAAGGAACGGGUGAAUCUCAGAGCUGUUAACAAGACAAAUGUCAGGGAAGAUUUCAGUUCAGCUAGCCCUACAUCAAACACAAAAAUGAAUUCAGCUGCUCGGGCUCCACGAUCUGGUUCAAAUGUUUUACACAAAUUGUCCCCCGUUGUUCAACGAACUACUGUUGCUAAUGAUUGGGAGCUUUCUCAUUGUACAAACAAGACUUCUGCUGCUGCUAGUGCUAACAAUCGCAAACGCACACCAUCAACGCGGUCUUCGUCACCACCUGUUGCACUAUGGACUGGCCCAAAGCCACCAAAGAUGUCCCGUACAGCUAGAAGAACAAAUUUUGUUCCUUUAGUUUCAAGUAAUGAUGAGAGCCCUGCUUUGGAUGCCAUGUCUGAUGUUGCUGGUAAUGAAAAUGGGUCAGGCUUAGCAAGACGCUUGUCCAGUAAUUCUCCACAGCAAGUUAAAUCCAAGGGUGACCAUUUUUCAACAGCUGCAUUAUCAGAAAGUGAGGAGUCAGGGGCUGCUGAAAUAAAAUCUAGGGAUAAAGGCAAGAAGACUGAUGAGAUGGAUGAGAAAGCCAGUCAAAAUGUUCAGAAGGUUUCAACUCUGGUGCAGCCACCAAGAAAGAAUAAGAUGGUUAGUGGGGAUGACCUUGGAGACGGUGUACGUAGGCAAGGGAGGACUGGGCGAGGUUUUACUUCCACCAGAUCUCUUAUGCCAAUGACAGUUGAAAAGCUUGGUAAUGUGGGAACAGCAAAACAACUCAGAAGUUCCAGAAAUAGUUUUGACAAGACCGAAAGCAAAGCAGGUCGCCCACCAACUCGGAAACUUUCUGACCGUAAGGCUUAUACACGUCAGAAGCACACCACAAUCAGCUCACCUGCAGAUUUUCUUGUUGGUUCAGAUGAUGGGCAUGAAGAGCUAUUGGCUGCCGCAGCUGCUGUCAUUAAUAAUCAUGCUCAUUGUUUUUCCAACCAAUUCUGGAGGCAGAUGGAGCCAUACUUCAGUUUUAUGUCAGAUGUAGAAAUAACCUAUUUAAAGCAAAAGGGAAAUCUUGGGUCCACUGCACCAACACCAACACCAACACCAGUACCUCUAGAUGUUGAUAGUUUCAGUAUGGUCCCUAAUGGAUUUGGGUUGAUUGAACCUGACAGAGAUACAAAUGAACCAACAAAUAUUGAACUUAUCCCUGACCAUGUAGUACCCGCAACAAGUAAAGAGAUUCCCCUUUGCCAAAGACUUGUGGCAGCUCUGAUUUCAGAAGAAGGAAAUGAAGAGCUUUUCUACAGCGGAAGUGAAGACCUCGAUUUUGAUGUUUAUGGAUCUGGAUUUGAGCUGGACACAUUAGAAUCCAAUACUUUGAAUCACCGGCUGUUAGGGAACUUUCAGCUUGCCGGACGUGCUGGUUUUAAUGGUUAUAGAGUAACUGCCGAUGAGAGACCCUUUAAUGAACUGGAGCACAGUGUGCUAGAUACUGACAUAAUGGCCAUACCAGAAAAUGGGAUAGUUUCAAACUUCGAGUACUCACAAAAUGGUUUACUUUCUGAUCAAGCAAUGGCACCUGACAUAGCAUGUUCUGAGUUUCAGUAUGGUAACAUGUCCCUAGAUGAAAGAGUUCUCCUGGAGAUGCAAAGUGUUGGACUUUAUCUAGAGCCAGUGCCUGAUUUAACCCAGACAGGAGAUGAAGAAAUCAGCGAAGAUAUCAGUAGACUGGAGGACAACUACCGUGAGCAGGUUACUAAGAAGAAAGCCUUGCUUGGAAAACUGUUAAACUCAGCUUUGGAGAUGAGGGAGCUUCAAGAAAAGGAGUUUGAACAUCGUGCUCUUGAUAAGCUGGUAGCUAUGGCUUAUGACAAGUAUAUGCAGACUUGCCGGGGUCCUAAUGCCUCUGGAGGAAAGGGUGGCAACAGCAAGAUGGCCAAGCAAGCUGCUUUAGCUUUUGUCAAACGGACAUUAGAACGAUGCCAACAAUUUGAAGAUACAGGCAAGAGCUGUUUCUGCGAGCCCCUAUUCAGGGAUAUGUUCCUUUCUGGUAUUUCUCACCUCAAUGAUGCACCACCAGUGGUUGCUACUGCUGAUGGUGAAUCUGGCAAACAGUUCGCCAACACGUCCGGUUGUUCUUUGGAAAUCAGAGUUCCAGCUCCAAUGGGCACUCAGCAAAGCCCUUCUUUCAACAACCAUGACAUUUAUUCUUCUAAUGCACUCCUUUCUGUAAAUCAUUCGUCUGAACAAACUAUUGGUAAGGAAGACUCAUGGUCAAAUAAGGUGAAGAAAAGGGAGUUGUUGCUUGAUGAUGUUGGUGGUACAAUUGGUUCUUCAACUGCUCCUUCUGGAAUUGGAAGUUCUCUUUCAAGCAGUGCCAAAGGAAAGAGAAGCGAGAGGGAUAGAGAAGGAAAGGGGAACAACAGAGAGGUGUCAUCUAGAAAUGGAACGACUAAAAUUGGUCGGCCCACAUCAGGCAAUGUUAAGGGGGAAAGAAAGUCUAAAACAAAGCCUAAGCAGAAAACUACUCAAUUAUCUGCUUCUGUCAAUGGCCUACUUGGCAAGUUACCAGAGCAACCUAAAGCAACAUUGUCUUCAGGUCCAAAGUCGAAUGAGAUGACCACAAGUGGCAGUGUUAAGGAAAAGGAUGAGUUCGGCCUGGAUGGAUUGGAUGAUCAUGAGCCCAUCGACUUGUCCCACCUUCAACUCCCUGGAAUGGAUGUUUUAGGUGUUCCUGAUGAUCUUGGUGGUCAAGGGACGGACAUAGGUUCAUGGUUGAACAUUGAUGAUGAUGGAUUACAAGAUCACGAUGACUUUGAUGGCCUUGAAAUUCCAAUGGAUGACCUAGCAGAUUUGAAUAUGAUUGUCUGAAGUUGCUUUUUCUUUGUAUAUUCCUGUUCAUUAUACCUAUUUACAGAAGAAACAAAAUCAACGUCCUCAAGAAAUGACCAACUAGAUUGGUCAUUAACUGUCGUGUCCUACAAUUAGACUGUAGAUUAUUCCCGAGACUCCUGCACAAGUUGUUUUCCGAGUGAACCCGUCGGAUGUUUUGGAUUUUGCUCCUCUUUAAGUUGGUGACUUUGACUGUAAUGAUCUUUUUGUCCAAUGUACAAGCCAGUAUGUCUUAGUCAUUAUAUCUUAGCGAAAACUGUAUUCUGGUUGUAGCAUUUACAAAUCAGAGAACAAUGCCUUUUGUACAUACAUUUUAUGUUUCCAAUAAAGUCAGCUUUUCUUUCA